AUGGAUGGCUGUGCUGCUGCGGAUUCCGAACCUUCUUCUCCCUCUCCUGGCGCUACAUCAACAUCUCUCCAAAGUCCAUGGGUGGCCUCCAAGCAUGCGGAGCCACAACACCCAUCGCCUCUACACCUGGGUCUGGCCAUAGAUUUUGGUGGCUACAGGUUCCCCAGUUCCUCCACACACCACCAAGAAACACCACAUAAUAUCCAGCCUAACACCUCGUCGCCAUCAUUGCUAUCUUCUGCUUGGAAGGGCCUCACUCCAUCCUCCUCGCAAACGUCCCUCUCCUCUCUCCACAGCGUCUCUUCGAAUGCCUCUGCUUUGUCCGGUCAGGCCAGAAGUGAAUUAGAGAACUACUCCGGUAGCUUCGACAAAGUCCGGGACUGGAAACGCCGACGAGCAUCCUCAUAA